UAAGUUUAGUAGUUCUUAACGACGUGCCUGACUUCUACAAAUUGAAAUUUAAUUUGUUUUGAGCUGCACGAGUUUCCGGAAAAUGCAAGUAUAAAUUACAGAAUCUGGUAAAAAUUAUUGCAUAACUAGUUUUUUCCUGUUUAAAAUACCUUCACCGAUAACAAUAUAAUUUGCAAAAUAUUUGUUUAAAUCUAUGUUAAUUCAAGAAUUUUAUCUAAUUCUCGUUUUCUUACAUAAAAUAUUUUUUUAUUUAAUUUAAAAUUGUUAUCAAUUGUUCAUUGUAUACAACGUGAUAAUGUCGUAAAUGCUGUCAGUUAUACUUAUAAUUGUUUUCAAACGUUUAAAAAAUCCAGUGCGUAUGCAAGUAUAGAACGAGUGUGUUUUAUUUUGAAUAAUUAAACCUAUUUUCGGUCGCGUAAGAAAGCGCUGUGUUGGAGUUUUUCUACAGUGUUUGUGAGCAACGAGUGGUUGAGAAAAGUGUGAAAAUGGCUGAAGAUGACUUAAUUAAUAUUGACAGCAUGCUUGCGCAUGCCGGGGAUUUUGGAAGAUAUCAGUGCAUCCUCAUGUUUUUAUUUAGUGUAAUAAAUCUGUUGUCUGCCUUUCAUUACUUCGGCCAGACUUUCAUCAGUAUUGUCCCCGACCACAAGUGCAAAAUGUCCGUCAAAGAAGAUCCGCGGUUUAUUGCAACAGAACAAUGUUCCUACACAAUUUUUCACAAAGAUAUUUACCAAAAAAUACCCUGCACUCAAGACUGGGACUACAACAACAGUUAUGGUUAUGUCAGUAUUGUUCAAGAGCUCGAUUGGGUAUGUGAAGAUAGCUGGAGACCAGCAAUUGGACAGUCAGUGUUUUUCAUUGGAUCGGUCGUCGGUAGUCUAUUUUUUGGAAUUUUGGCUGAUAGUAUAGGAAGACUACACGUUUUGGUAGCCUCAAAUCUAUUUGCCUUCUUUGGAAACAUCACAACGCUUAUCACAACAAACACUACGAUUUUUGCAAUGUGUCGAUUUUUGGCCGGUUGUGCCACUGAUGCUAAUUUCGUCAUGAUGUACAUUAUAGUUAUGGAAUACAUUCGACCCAGUAUGCGUACUUUUGGCUUAAAUCUCUGUAUUGGAGUUUUUUAUUGUUUUGCGUGUAUGAUAAUACCAUGGGUAGCAGUUUGGUUACAAAACUGGGAAUCUCUGCUGCUGGCUAUUGCAAUUCCUCACUUGUCUGUUCUAAGCUUCUAUUUUAUAGUACCAGAAAGUGCCCAAUGGUUGAUAAGCAAAGGUCGUACAGAAGAAGCUAUUGACUGUUUUAAAUGGAUUGCUCGAGUUAAUGGGAAAAAAUUAAAUGACAAACAUUUUGAAGGCCUAAAUCGUUACUGCUGCCAACAUAUAAAUGCAAGAAAAAAGCACGAAAGCUUCUUGGGUUUACUGAAAACGCCGAAGUUACGCCGGAAAACUCUAAUUUUAAUUUUUAAAUCGAUGGUAAUGACGUUGUGCUACGACGCAAUUUCUAGGAAUGUUAAUGGUCUAGGCUACUCUCCAUUUCUUGUUUUUACAAUAACCUCAGCAACUAUACUCCCUGCUUGUCUUUUCAUUCUCGCAAUUCAAGACCGAGUAGGUCGUAAAGCUCUAGCAAGCGGUUCGCUUCUUAUGAGUGGCAUUUUCACUGCAUGCUCUGGAAUUGUUCAAGUGUUUAUCGAAACUCCUCAUCCAACACUUAUCGUAAUUUUAGCAAUAAUUGCAAGACUUGCAGUAACAGUAGCUUAUAAUUCUGGAGCUCAAUAUGCGGUUGAAUUAAUUCCAACUGUUGUAAGAGGACAGGGAGUUUCAGUAAUACAUGUAACAGGUUACGCUGCGAGUUUCUUCAGUCCACAAAUUUUAUACCUCGCACAUUUUUGGAAACCAUCUCCUGAAGUUAUCUUAGGAGUUUUGCUAGUACUUGGUGCUGUUGCUUGUUUAUUUCUACCGGAAACGCUAAAUCGGACAUUGCCAGUUACGCUCCAAGACGGAGAAGAGUUUGGGGAGGAUGAAAACAUUUUUGAUUUUGCAUGCUGUAGAGCACCCUCUGAGAGCACUACAGAACUGACAAGAGACCAGAUUAAUACGAAUUAUAUGUGAACUGUGAUUAAAUGUACUUAAUUUUGUAAAUACGUUCAAAAUAAAAAGUUAAAUUCUA